CUGUCUACUUAAAGUGUUACUUAAUGGUGAAUGGAUCAGUCGACUGACAUUGAGAAACGAACGAAUCGAUUGUUUCCCAGCCAUCUGACCCAGAGUCUCUACAAGAUUCUAUAGUACGCAUUGUCUUCAUUCAUUUCUUCCAUUCUAUUCACAUCGAUUCAAUACCAGUUACUCGAGAAGUUGUCAAUCUUCAAAUAUGGAAAACGUCACCAAUUUUCCUCUACUUCAACUUCCUUCCAAGACUAUUCAAGUUGUGCUGAGUAUUAUGAGUCCAUUUGAACUAAUCAAUUUCUCAAAGUCGAGUGCGGAAGCAAAGAAAGUAGUUAAACAGUUCGCAAAUGCUAAAAGGAGGGAAUUAUACAAAUUUAAGAAAUAUGUAGAUUCGAGUUUGUCUGGACGAAAUAUUUCAAAACAAGGUUUUUCAUCUACUUUGAAGAAGUUGGCAGGGAAGGUUCCACUUUUUUUCUUUGUUUCUAUGAGGGAGGAAUGUGAAAAAAAUAUAAUAAUCAGCUCAGAAAGCUUUCAUACAGUACCUGCCCCAUGGAUUACAUUGAAUCAUCUAUUCAAUUUUGAUUGCUCAAUUAUAAUAAUUAACAAUCCAAUUAUAACACCAAAAGAGUGGAAUAUAUUCAUCCGUCAUUGGAAGUCCUAUUAUUCCAACCCAACACUUAAACGUCUUAUAUUCCAAUAUCAAAGCUUAAACGAUGUGCAUGUUAUUAUGAAUCUACCCCACCAUGAAAUUGAUCCAAUGGAAUUUGAAAUAACUCGUGUUGAUGGAACAAAAGCUAUUUGCGGUUUCUAUACCGGCGGAGGCAAUCAGUUAUUCAGAAUGCAAACAAUCAGAUCUCCUAAUCUGUUUAAUUGUAUUUAUGUUUUGUAUUGCCUGCCAGUUAUCCUAUUUUUAUGUUUUAAAUACAAAAAAAAAUGUUUUCAAUAAAAAUACCAAAUGAUUG